CUUUCCUCUUUGGUAUAUAAUAGUCAUCAUGGGGAAACGCAAUAGAGCUGCCUUGUUACCAACACAUUUACCUCAACUACAAAAUUUGAUCAAACGAGAUCCAAAAUCAUAUGAAGCCGAAUUCUUACAACAAUAUCGUCAUUUCCAAUCGACGUUAUCCAUCUUUGUCAUGAAACCCGAUGAAGAUGCUAAAGAACUUGCAGAACUGAUCACCUUUAUUAGUCAAGUAUCUGUUUGUUAUCCCAAAGAAACUGCUCAAUUCCCUCAACACAUUGUCGAUUUACUUCAAGAACAUUGUUUGGUACUAAAUCCUGAAUUACGUCGAAGUUUGGUACAAGCUCUUAUUCUUUUACGGAACAGAAAUGUUCUGGAUAAUACAAAACUUUUACCUCUUUUCUUUACUUUAUUCAAGUGUAAAGAUAAGGCUUUGCGUGAACUAUUAUACAACCAUAUUGUUACCGAUAUCAAGAAUGCCAACGCCAAAGCCAAAAACAAUAAAUUGAACAAGACUCUUCAAUCAUUUAUGUUUACCAUUCUGGAAUCUGCCAAAACUGGAAGUAGUGACGAAAAUGCUGUAGCUGCUAAGAAGAGUGUGGACAUUUGUGUUGAUCUUUAUCAAAAAAACAUUUGGAAUGAUUCAAAGACUGUCAAUGUGAUUGCUGAAGCUUGUUUCUCUCCUGUCACAAAGAUCUCUGUUACAGCUGUCAAGUUUUUCCUGAACACCAAUGAAGACAAAGAAGAAUCUGAAGAUGAUGAUGAUGAUGAAGCGGAUUUGAAGAAAAUGCAAAUGGCUCAAGUACAUACCAAGAAAACCAAGGCCAAGGCUCGCAAGAUUGAUUUAGCAAAAAAGAAGAUCAAGAGAAAGGGAAAAAGUCAAAAGGCAGAAUCAUUCAACUUUUCAGCUCUUCAUCUAUUGAAUGAUCCUCAAGGUUUUGCAGAAAAGUUAUAUUCUCGUUUGGCAUCAAAGGAAGAUCGUUGGGAAGUCAGGAUAAUGAAAAUGAAUUUGGUAUCUCGAGUGAUUGGUAUCCAUCAAUUGACCAUUCUUGGCUUUUAUCCACUAUUGAUCAAGUAUUUACAACCUUCGCAACGUGAUGUUACUAUGGUAUUGGUUUGUACUGCACAAGCAACUCACUCUUUGGUACCACCUGAUGUUCUAGAACCUGUUUUGAAAGCCAUUGCUAACAAUUUUGUCACUGAUCGUACUUCGAAUGAAGUCAUGGCUGUUGGUAUCAAUGGUAUUCGUGAAAUUUGUUCUCGUCAACCUUUAGCAAUUGAUACAGCCUUACUUCAAGAUUUAACACAAUACAAGAAUCACCGUGAAAAGAGUGUGAUGAUGGCCGCUAGAUCAUUGAUCACGUUGUUCCGUGAGAUCAAUCCUGAAAUGCUCAUGAAGAAAGAUCGAGGUAAAUCAGCUACUGUACGACUCAAAGAUGGUUCAGUCAAGGUAGUACACUAUGGUGAAACAAGCGAUGGUCUUGUCGGUCUUCAAGGUGUGGAACUCUUGGAUGAAAAUGCUGCCGAAGAAAAAGAAGAUGAUGGUUGGGAUGAAUGGGAAGUGGAUGAAGACAGUGAUAGUGAUGACAGCGAUGGAUGGAUCAAUGUUCCCAGCGACAAUGAAGAUGAGUUCGAUAUCGAUAUGGGUGAUGAAGACGACAAGGAAAAACCGACCGCUGAAGAAGAUGGCAAACCAAAACGACGUAUCGGCAAACGACAAUUACGUAAAUUACAAGAUCUAGAAAAGGACGAACCUCUGACAGAAGAACAACAAAAGAAAUUGGUGGAAGAAAUGGAAAUUCGUCGUGCAGAACAACAAAAGAAGCAAGAAGCUGUUCUCAAGAUGGCCACCACUCGUAUUCUUACACCUGCAGAUUUCGCCAAAUUGGAAGAAUUACGCCAAGCUAAAGAAGAUGGCACCACAACCACCAAGAAACGAUCUGCUGCGACUGAUGAAAAGGAUGAUGGUCAAGUGGAUGAAUAUGCUAUUUUGGGUCCUCGCAAGAAGAUGAAGCAAGAUUACGAAGCACGUAUGGCAUCUAUUCAAGAAGGACGUGAAGGUCGUGAAAAGUUUGGAUCAAAGAAGGGUAACAAGGAUCGCGGUAGUACGACCAAUCGGGAAAAGGCUCGCAACAAGAACUUCCAAAUGGUCUCACAAAAGAACUCGGUUUUAUGGAAAUCCAAACGUAGUUUAUUCGACAAACAAAAAUCUUUACGGGCUGCCAUCACCAAGCAAAAGAAAAGAAAACAUUAGUUUCUUCUUUUUUUUUUUUGUUUACAUAUAUACAUAUAUUCAUAUAGUUUUAGCAAUCUUCAUCCAUGUGUUAUUAAGCAUUUAGUUAUUCAUCCUGUUUUUUAUUAUUAUUAUUAUUAUUGAUUUAACUCUUUUUUGUUUAUUAUUUCC